GCCAGCGUCCUACCAGCCACCCGCCCCCGCCGACCAGCCUGCCGCCAGAGUAGCAGGACUAGGAUCGGAUCGGCGAUGAUGUGGGGUGUCGCCGCCGCCGUCGCGUCCGCGGCUGCCGUCGCCGUGGCCUCCGGCGCCGAGCUCCUCGCGUGCGACUGCGCCCCGACGGUGCCGGCUGCCACCGUCGUCGUCGGCAGAUGCGAUAGCUUCCUCUUCCGGAAACAGAAAUCUUCGCCGUCAACGGGGGAGGACCGCGCGGAAGAGAAGAAGUUCGCGCCGCGGUUCGACGGGCUGCGCUUCAUCGAGACGCUCGUCACGGCGCACCGCUGAGGAGAUCGCCGGUAAGCUCGGCCGACCGGCCGGGUCACGCCCAGCCGGGCUCUGUUUCUUAGGAGGAGAAUUCUUUCCCAUCGUCUUCCUGCAAUUUGGGGAAGAGGCUAGCGGCUACGCGAUUAAUUCGGCUAUUGGUGGCAAAUAUGCUGCCAAAAUUUUGGUACUAGAACAAAUUGAGGCUUUUGAUUUUCUUUCUUCCCUUUUCCCCUGAUGAUGAUUAUCAUAUUAUUGAUGAGUGAUGCGACCGAAUUGGAACCGUGAAAUGGCAUGUCAUGAUUGUA